UUCAUCUGAUCCAUCUGAUCACGACGCACACGCACGUGCGUCCGUUUGUGUACAUGUUUGCGCGGCGUGCGUUUUAUUUUCGUGCGAUUUCCAUUUGUACUAGUUGUACGGGGGAAACCUAAUUGAAAUGAGUGCAGAAACGGAACUGCUACAAUUUCUGUCUACUGAAGCAGCCCUAACGACCAAGUUGCCUGCCCUGUUAUACAUCCUGGGACUCACAGCCACAGACGAUGGACUGUCAUUUCUAGAUCAGCACAGGCAACUGCUCAAAGCUACGGCUUCCCUCGUACACGACCCGUGCCCUCAAGUGGUCUCAAAAACGUAUGAUUGUCUCGUAAAUGCCACAUCACAUCCCUCCAUAGCAGCCUACAGCUUGGAAGAAGACUGCCAAGGUCUCUUGGAACACGUCGUCAAGUCCAUACUUCAGAAUGGCGACGACAACGUCCUCAAGUGUGCAGCCAUCCUGUCGAACGUCACGCAGACAAAGCCAGGCUCCGAGAAAGUCUGGACCACACUGACGUCGCUGGGCAAGACGGAAGAACUCCUAGAAGCCUUUGUCUCGACCGACGGCGAGUCUAGUAAUCGGGACCACCUCGGCUUUGUGUUCUCAAACCUCAGUCAGCUCAUUUCUGUGAGAAGAUGGUUCUUGGAUAAAACAGCAUCAAGGAUACACAAAAUGUUUCCGUUUCUCACGCUGGAAACAUCUACAACGCGAAAGCAUGGUGCAGUAGGAACGUUAAGAAACUGCUGUUUCGAAAUGGACCACAACGAGUGGCUUCUGGGCCCCGAGGUGGACAUCCUGCCCCGCCUGCUCUACCCACUCAUGGGCCCCGAGGAGCUGGACGAAGACGAGAUGGAGAAGCUGCCCCUGGACCUGCAGUACCUGGGGACCGACAAGCAGCGGGAGAGGAGCCCAGAGAUACGCAAGAUGCUCAUCGAGGCCCUCACACAGCUGUGUGCAACCAGGGAGUGCCGUAAGGUGAUCAAGGACAGCGGGGCGUACUACGUGCUUCGGGAGCUGCACAAGACGGAGCUCUGUCGACCGGUGGUGGUUGCCUGCGAGAACCUGGUGGACAUCCUGAUCAGCGAUGAACCGGAACCGGGCAUGGAGAACCUCAAGGAGGUCGAGGUGCCCGACCAUUUGGUCGAAAAGUUCCACAAGUACAACGAGGAACUGCUCAAGGAAUAAACCGACCCAAAACUC